GCUCCUCCCGCUCGCUCUAUAAAUAUUGCACGUUCUGCUCUGCUCCUAGCUACCAUUACUGGUAGCACCAUAGCACCUCCUCAGCUUGAAGGCCGCAAGCAGAGCAGAGCAGAGCUCACUCCGUCCGUCACUGACCGCUCCGCUGCGAUGAAGAAGGUGCGGGCGAGGCCGCGGCGGAUCCCGGCGUUCGGGGAGUGGAACUACUACGACGACGGUGGGUACGGGUACGGCGACGGCGCCGGGGACUGGCCGGUCACCCAGUGCUUGGACUCCGCCAUGCAGGCCGGCCUGUUCGUCUCGCUGCCGACUUCACCGAAGCCACUCAAAAAGGUGGUAAAGUGGAGUGACAGCGGUACACUUGAGGUGGACGGGGAGCAGAGGCAGAGGCAGAGGCAGAGGCAGAAGGUGGUGGUGGGGCUGCGCGAAGAGCACGGGCCGAAGAAGCCCAUAGAAAUUUACCUGAAAGUGUCCGACGCCGACGCCCACCUCGCCGCAAGCUGCAACAAAGCUUCUCGCAGGGCGAGGGCGGUCAAAGCCGUGGACGAGGACCUCUACGUGAUCCCGCCGGACAUGCUCUGCCACAAUAAUAACCAACGCAAGAGGCUGACGAAACGGCUGUGGAUCGGGUGCCUGGGAUGCGUCUCCGCCUAGGGAUCGUAAACCAUCUGGCCUUGGCGUGCGUGCGUGCGUGUUGUAAAGAGAGAGAGAAAAGAAAGAGGAGCGGAAAGCCAUGGGCCAUGAUGCUGUCACGCCAUGUCAAACAUCCUCUCUCUCUCUCUCUACUAUAGUCCUAGUAUUAUGCGUUUUAGUAUUAGGAUGGAUGGACGGAUGGCUUGAUGGACGGAGACGGCGACGUGAUGCGCGGCACGCGGCAGGCAGGCAGCGUCAUUUCCCCGUGCCAAACGCCCACUCGAGUGCUGCUUUUCUCCUUCCACCGUUGCAUCUUCCCGAGCUUGCUUGCUACUCGAUGUGUCUAUGUAGUUGGAGACUUGUUCCGUGCCUGUUGAGCAUGCAUGAAAAGAAAACAAGAAAGGAGAGGCCAUGGCGGUGGUGUCUUGUUCUGCACGACUCCAACCGUAUCUCUUUCAGUUAA